GUACAGACAUUGCUUGAUGCAUGUCUCAUGACCUGACGCGCGCAUCCGAACCUUUGUGGCGUCUCUGCGGUGAGCUGAAGGUUGCAUGCGUUUAAUAUUGAACGGUGUUUGGAUUGUGUCGCGCUAUGUAUCUAAUACCUACGAGAGAUCACAAUGAAGAUGCUCGACACGGGUCAUCAACCAUCCCGGCAAAGGGGUUGGGUGGUAUCAAUAGCAGAGAGGAAGUAAGUCGGCAUCUGAUUCGGAGCUGGCUACAUUCAGAAUGAUGGACUCGAUCAGACGUGGAUUCGGCCAUUGUUGCUUCGAGAAUCGGUAUCACUUAAUUACGCUCAUUGAACUAAGGUGAGUCAACCUUCUUCGUCGAUACGAGUUUCACUGCAAGAAUCAUCGUCUUGACUGAAGAGAAACUAUGUCUUCGGGGAUCACCGACUUCGACGUUGCUCUGGUGCCCAUGCAGCUGGAUGCCUUCAGGCUCAACCCAGCUGUAUGCGGCACUGGUGAAGACGACGAUACCACAGCACGUAUCAGUCCUAUCACACAGCCAAACUACACAUUCCUACGCCUCGACAAUUUCCUUCUCCAAGGCGAUGUUCAGAAUCACACCGAUUUGCACAACACCGCGCCAGCUACUGUCAAUCCUCGUAUGAGUGAUAUAGGCGCUCGGCCAAGGCCAACACCGCUCCGCCAUCGUCACGGCAUUUACCUCCACUGGACCCUACCGCGCUUCUACCGUGCCGGUGUUUCAACUGGCAAAGCUGUAUCCUCGGAUCGCCGGCGGAAAGAGCGACUGCGGCGUGGCCUAGAUGUGCCAGACUCCGAUGUUGGUGAUGCCAGUAACGACACACCGGAGUUUGUAGAACCGCCCACACGUUGGAUUGUCGUUCGAAAGAUUGAGCUUGACAGCAUUGCGCCGCCAGAGGCAAAGUCAGCCUUCGAGGGUCGCGAAUAUGAAGCUUGGGUGGUAGAGAGCGAUCACCUGUGGACUCUAGAAGAGAUACCACUAGAUUUUGACUUGCAGACCGACGUUACUCCCUUCAUCGUUGGCCACAAGGGUUCAGACGUCAACAUUGAUGAGCAAGCUGAAGUGUUCAUUGGGCGCAAGAGUGCGCUUCGGGAUUGGUCUGGCAAUGAAGACCCCGAUGCGCAGCCUCCAAACAUUAGUUUGCUGCAAAGCGGCAACCAGCUAUUCGCAGACUUUCAGAUGCACAAUGCAAACGUUUUCAGCAUACUUGACAACUUCGAGUACGGCACUGCCAAAGCGCCGCAAUAUUUGACUCACGCCAAGGCCAGUUACUACGUGCUGGGGUGGCAUUGGAAAGAGGACGUCGACCCUCUAUGGAAGUCUGGCAAAAGUGUUGCGCAUGGAGAGAGCUUACAAGCACUCUUUAUGACGCUCCAAGGCGCGACGGAAUCGCCACCCGAAGAACGGGACCCUUGGCUAGAUGAGGAGAGUCAAUUGCGUAUCUUGUGCCAUGGCGCAAUGUAUGAUGUAGUCUGGGAUUACGAUACCAAGCCCGGGGAUGUACCAGCAGAUCAAUUCAACGCUCGCCUAGUUGACCAGAAUCAAGCGGCUGUGUCGCUCGGUACUACCCCCAUAGAUGCCUUGUUGUCAUAUUGUCAUGCCCGCAAGGAUCAUCCAGACGGUCCUGGGGAUGUUACGAAGCUUGAGGAAGAUAUCCUUUUAAUCGAAAAAUUAUUGCAUGCCCGCGAUGACGGAGUUGAGGCCCAGCGUGAAGCAGCCGAUUCUGUCUAUAAUUGGUCUUUUAACCGCUCACCGGGCGGAUCACAUUACUACUUCUCCGGUCAGGGCAACGACGGGCAAUCCAACAAGCAGCCGAUAGAACCGGAUCGACUUUCGAUUCUGAAGUUGCGCGAACUCAACCAGGCAAAAACGCUACAGGACUCUUGUAGUAGAGCACUCACGCAGUACCGCUGGGACAUGUUCUCGCUCUGGUGGAAAUACGUCAGUGACGUGGGCAACAAAAGUGAGAACCAAACUAGUGAAACCAACAAGGCAUAUGAAGAUGCUGCAACUAAAUUAUCGGAUCACAUUGCUGGCUUGAACGAUCGCAUCCAGCAACUGCAAACGCAGAUUGAUGACCUACUGCAACCGAAAGAUGAUCAGGGAGAGCCCGUCGACCCCGCGGAAAAUCCGCUGGAGACAGCUCAGCCCGCAAGUAUGCCCGUUUUCUACCGUGCAAAUGAUCCGACCAUUCUCAUCGGCGGAGUUGAGACUGGUUGGCCUAUCGACUACCUGGAUAAAGUGCUUAUUCGCGCGCCAUUCCAAACAAUUAGUCCCGCGGGUGGGCUCUCUAACCUACCGGAUGCGUUGAAAAACUUCUUCACACUGCUACAAAAGGUCCCAGAUGUGUUCAAGGGGCCUGCUGAAGCCUUAAUGGCCGAGUUCUAUGCCAUACGGCCUACAGAAAGUGGUUCUGCUAUAGUCAAUGAGGGCACCUUCUACCCUCCUCAAUUCCAUGAUCAGCUGAAUACCGAUGGGCGCUGGCGCGACCAGUGGGGAGAUCGACAACCGUGGUUCCCUCUCUAUGCCGAGUGGGAAGUUGAGUAUACUCACAUUCCCAUGGAAUAUUGGAAAUUGGAUGAACACACAGCGCGCUUAUCCGAAACUCCGCACGUCCGCUACGGUAUCAGUGUGCCUACAGAACCUGGCCAGACACCGCAGCCUCUUUGGGAUGCUAUUCCUAAGGAGAUGGCGGAUACGCGUGUCUUGUCGGGACGGGUCCUUAUUCUACCACAGCCUAGCUUUUCUCUCGAAGCUAAGGUGACACAGCUAUUCGAUAAUACGCCAGCGGACAUUCUCAAGGAGUACAUCGACGAAGAUGAGCAGGCCAACUUGCGCAAUAAUAUCAAGAAGCUGUCGUAUCUUUCCUCGCCGCUGUCCGGAUUUUAUGACGCGCUGGUUACGCAAGCCCAAGGUAGUCACAUCAAACCUGAGAAUAAGGUGGUUGGUCCAGAUGGCGAGUUUAGCUCAGUCAUUGGGUCGGCGGUCAUCAAUGAUGCUGGCUUGACGGAGACAAAUAUCGGGAUGAUUCAGGGGAAUUCGGCCUUGACGCCCUACGCAUCGUCGGUGAACUUCUCGGACGGACUUUAUUGUCCAUUCAAGCCCGCUACGCAUGGUCAAUUCAGGUUCCGUAAGCUCAACAUCAUUGAUAAAUUUGGGCAAGCACUCAUGGCCAUCGAUCAAAGGCCUCGAGUCGGAGGCUUCCCGCCCUAUUAUCCUUGCAUUAGCGACUACUAUGAGCCGCAGACUAUUAAAUUGCCGGACGGUGAGACGUACGCCAACACAGCGAUUCAAAAUCAACCCAAACUAUGCGAAUUUUUACAAUUACCGCCCCAGAUCAAUCAGAACUCGCGUUUAAAUGCGAACUUUGUUAAGCGCAUUGCUGAUGAUCCCGAUGAUAUCAAUGGGCAAGGGCUGGAAGAUGGUUCCGGCGAUGAAGCCAAGUGGCGACCUUCGACGGAGUGGGAAUCACCAAUUUGGGGUUGGGUGAUCACCAACUAUGCGGAUUACGGCAUCCAGAUAUUCCUACCAGACGGAACUUUCUACCGCGAGGUGCGCUUUGGAGGACCUCUGGGAGCGCUAGAAUCGCCUAAAUGGCUUCCCUUUGAGCCAAGUAUGGACGAUUCAACACCCGAAACGCGACAGCUAGAUUUACUCGUGGACAAACUUACCAACCCUAAGUAUCUGCAGGGCUUUUGGCACAUGAUCACAGAUGCACAGGAUAAACUACCUGCAGCUCCUAGCUCGUACGCGCAAUUCCUCAACUCUAUCGUUGGUAAGCCGCUUGCGCUGGUCAACAUGGGUUGGUCGCUAGAGCUAGACGGUCCCCCGCUAGAGAUCCAGAGCACCAAGGCCCAAGUGAAGAAUCCAGAGCGCCUAUUGACAAAGCCUGUCAACCCCGAUGACAAGACUCCGUUCUACGAAUUACAGGUGCGACUGGGUGAUGCCGAUGCAGCCUAUGACGGGCUAGUUGGCUACUUUGACACCACAUCCCCAGACUCGGACGAGCUCAACCUCGACUACAUCAGAACAUUCUUCACUCCCGAAGCAGACAACCUUGAGCCCCUCCGACGGCUCAACACAGAAACUUACCCUCUAUUCACGCCGUUCUGGGAGGCGCCGUUCCCAACAGACACACCAUUCGAUGACCCCACGAGAUACAUCAACCCAGCGCAAUUCGAGAACAAGCGAAACUCACGCAUGUCUGUCUUCGGAGCCAUCAUCGACCCCUUCACACCCGUGCACGCAUACUCCUCCUUCCUACCCCCCACAGACCUAUCCCUCCCAUCCUGGACCUGGCAACAAGCCAUGAACACCAUGACGGCCUUCUUCCACGCGGGUCCGCUAACCCUCCCCAUCAACUCAGUCCCUACCUACGACAAAGACAACCCCCUCACAAACAAGAACGCGCGAGAUAGGCCGCCCCGGGAUUUACCCUUGCCCUCGCUUGGACCUGGGGAUUGGAGCUGGUUCCAGCCGUAUGAUGAGUCGACGGGCCAGGACGGUACGGUGUAUAAUGCGUUUGGUGUUGAUAAGAGAGGCGAUUUGACGAAGCCGGGGUUCCAGAAGGGUCCGUAUAGUGCGGUAGAGGGGUUCUUGCAGUUGAGGAAUCCGAUUAUGGUGCCUAAGGCUAGUAGCUAGGGGGGUUGCUUGGGGGAUCAAUCGUGAGUGGGUUUGUUUUGUUCUUGAUUUGAGGUUUGGGCUGGAGUAAGCAUAGGUGUUUACGUAGGUAGUGAAUACAUCGUGUUCCGCAUGUCUUACCCAUUAUUGUUGACAGGUCCAAGGGCCAAGGUUGUGUUGAAGUUGGGGAUAAUACGCUGUAAAAUAGCGCUGGAAAAGGUUCUUGUAGGGCGUUUAUACACUGAAAUAAUCGUA